GCGCGGCCCCCCCUGCGCGCGGGGCGGGUGCGCGGCGCGGGCGCGGGCGGAGGCGGCGCGGGCGCCAUUUUGUGCGAGCCGAGCGGUCGUGGGCGCUGUCGGUGCGCGCGCCGCCUCGUCGGUUCCCAGCGGCCUAGCGGGCGAGCCCGGCAGGAAGAUGUCCGAGUACAUCCGCGUGACGGAGGACGAGAACGACGAGCCCAUCGAGAUCCCGUCCGAGGACGAUGGCACGGUGCUGCUGUCCACCGUCACGGCGCAGUUCCCGGGCGCCUGCGGCCUGCGCUACCGCAACCCCGUGUCGCAGUGCAUGCGCGGCGUGCGCCUGGUGGAGGGCAUCCUGCACGCGCCCGACGCGGGCUGGGGCAACCUGGUCUACGUGGUCAACUACCCCAAAGAUAAUAAAAGGAAAAUGGACGAGGCUGAUGCUUCGUCGGCGGUGAAGGUGAAGAGGGCCGUGCAGAAGACGUCCGACCUCAUCGUGCUCGGCCUCCCCUGGAAGACCACCGAGCAGGACCUCAAGGAGUACUUCAGCACCUUCGGGGAGGUGCUCAUGGUCCAGGUCAAAAAAGAUAUUAAGACUGGUCACUCGAAAGGGUUUGGCUUUGUGCGGUUCACUGAGUACGAGACCCAGGUGAAGGUGAUGUCCCAGCGACACAUGAUUGAUGGACGGUGGUGUGACUGCAAACUCCCAAAUUCUAAGCAAAGCCCGGAUGAGCCUCUGAGGAGCAGGAAGGUGUUUGUGGGCCGCUGCACCGAGGACAUGACGGCCGACGAGCUGCGGCAGUUCUUCUGCCAGUACGGGGAGGUGGUCGACGUGUUCAUCCCCAAGCCCUUCCGGGCCUUUGCCUUCGUCACGUUCGCAGAUGAUCAGGUGGCGCAGUCCCUGUGUGGCGAGGACCUGAUCAUCAAAGGCAUCAGCGUGCACAUCUCCAACGCGGAGCCCAAGCACAAUAGCAAUAGGCAGUUAGAGAGGAGUGGAAGAUUCGGUGGUAAUCCAGGUGGCUUUGGGAACCAGGGCGGGUUCGGGAACAGCCGGGGCGGCGGGGCAGGGCUGGGGAACAACCAGGGCAGCAACAUGGGGGGCGGGAUGAACUUCGGCGCCUUCAGCAUCAACCCGGCCAUGAUGGCCGCGGCCCAGGCGGCGCUGCAGAGCAGCUGGGGCAUGAUGGGCAUGCUGGCCAGCCAGCAGAACCAGUCAGGCCCGUCGGGCAACAGCCAGAGCCAGGGCAACAUGCAGCGGGAGCCCAACCAGGCCUUCGGCUCGGGGAACAACUCAUACAGCGGCUCCAACUCAGGCGCCGCCAUCGGGUGGGGGUCGGCCUCCAACGCGGGCUCGGGCAGCGGCUUCAACGGCGGCUUCGGCUCCAGCAUGGACUCGAAGUCGUCGGGCUGGGGGAUGUAGGCCGGGCUAGUCAGUCAGGCGCUAGACACCCGUGGGAAUUCACCUUUUUCUAGACUCAUGGUAAGUAUAUUGUAAGAUACAUAUGUACUAAGAAUUUUCAAAAUUGGUUUGUUCGGUGUGGAGUAUAUUCAGCAGUAUUUUUGACAUUUUUCUUUAGAAAAAGAGGAAAAGCUAAAGGAAUUUUAUAAGUUUUGUUACAUAAAGGGUUGAAAUAUCGAGUGUUUGAAAGUGAACUGCUGUUUGCCUGAUGGGUAAACCAACACUACAGUUGCUAUCGAGAGGUUUCUCCUGUAAUAAUUUAUCCCUGGACUUGUCACCUGAAUUAUUUGCAUGUUCAAAAUGGAAAAACCAUUGGUUAGAGCUACAUUCUUUCCUCCUCGUUUUAAUUUGAACCCCACCAUACAAGCUUCUCCUUAGGAAGACCCUGGAGAUCGUGGUGUUGCGAUGUUUGGUUCUUUUAUUUCUGUUUGUUUUUAACACUUGUCUCCCCUCAUAUACGAGAGUACGGUAUGAAGCCUUCAUUUAAUCUCUGCAGUUCAUCUCAUUUCAAAUGUCUGUGGAAGAAGCACUCACUGACAGGAGUGCUGUAAACACUCCGCCGUGGGCACUGUCCACUGCUUGCCCACCAAGAGCUCGUCCCCACGCCGCCGGGCUGCGUCUCUGACGGUGGGUGUCCCAUUUUUAUCCGCUACUCUUUCUUUCCUGGAGUCGUAUCGACGCUGUGACGGCAAGGCUGUGCUGUGGACCAGAAGGCUGUCUGAACUCUGAAACCUUGUGUGGGAUUGAUGGUGGUGCCGAGGCAUGAGAGGCUGGUAUGAGCGAGGACAGGAGAGCGCGUGCAGAGACUUGGUGGUGCAUAAUGGAGAUUCUCUAACUGGGCGAGAUGUGUCUCUCAACCCGUGGCUUGGUGCGAGAGUGUGCGGAGCGCAAUGGUAGCGGAUAACGUACGUACGAGUGUUCCUUGCGUUCAGAGGACAUCCGCGUCUGUUGGAAGACUUGAAGUGAGUCUUACUCUUAGAGAACAACGUUAGCUGAAUGUGUUAGUGACACGAGGCCUGUACCUGCCUGCCCCCUUGUCAACUGCUGUGAAUGCUGUAUGGUGUGUGUCCUCUCCUGCUCCUGAUCUGUCGGUGUGGUCAUGUGGCCUGGCGCUGGUGGGCUGAGCUUGCGUGCUGUACAGGAGUCUCGGAGCGGAGUCGCCAGUGAGCGGGGGGCGGCCCUGGGGCCUGCCUGCCCCGAGGAUGCGGUUGGCGGUCCUGUACCCUGUGUUUGGAUGCUUUUCUAAGAGUUGUCAAUGUUGGAAAUUCUGAAAUAAAACUGAUUUAAAUAAUAUGUGUCUUUGUUUUGCAGCUCUGAAUGCAAAGAAUUCAUAGCAGUUAAUUCCCCUUUUUUUGACCCUUUUGAGAUGGAACUUUCAUAAAGUUUCUUGGCAAUAGUUUAUUUUGCUUCAAAUAAACUUAUUUGAAAAGUUG